UCUCGUGUUGGCGCUGACGGGAUAGGAGGCUUUUCGUCUUGCGGAAUCAGGCCCUCUUUUCUACUCUCACUGGUGACCGGAGUUUCCCGGAGUCGUUUGUGGUCUGCUCUGGGGCCUUCCCCGUUGGUCCUUCCCACCCCCUUCCACUUUCCCUCCCAUCCCCCUCCCCUUUCCCUUCCAUCCUCGCUCUUGAUUCCCAGGCACUGCCUUUUGUCCCCUGGGCGGCCGGGAUUCUCUAAAUCCUGGGCCACGAGGCCGCUAGUCUUCGCUUCCCUGGCGCAGAUGGGCGGAAUCGGCCGCAGUAGAUUGUUCAAUUUGAUGACCAGCUGUUUUGGCUGGCUGAAAAGGUGGCGGGAGCCCACCAGAAAGGUGACACUUUUGAUGGUGGGCCUUGAUAAUGCUGGUAAAAGUGCAACAGUGAAAGGAAUGCAAGGAGAGGACCCUGAAGAUGUAGUUCCAACAGUUGGCUUUUCUAGAAUUGAUCUUAGAGAAGGAAAGUUUGAAGUUACAAUUUUUGACUUAGGAGGUGGACAGAAAAUUCGAGAAAUAUGGAAAAAUUACUAUGCUGAAGCAUAUGGAAUAAUAUUUGUGGUGGAUUCCAGUGAUGAAAAGAGAAUGAAAGAAGUUAAAGAGACAGUGACUGAUGUUCUAAGACAUCCCAGAGUAUCAGGAAAGCCCAUAUUGGUGUUGGCAAAUAAACGAGACAAAGUAGGGUCUUUAUCAGAAGCAGAAAUAAUUCACCGUUUAUCUCUAGAAAAACUUGUCAAUGAGCAAAAAUGUCGCUGUGAGAUAAAAUCCUGUUCAGCAGUCUGGGGCUCUGGGAAGAAUUUUGACAAGGCCAUAAGAACAGGUCUUUAUUGGUUGCUGUGUGCCAUUGCAAACGACUUUGAUGCCUUAAAUGACCGAGUUGAAAAAGACUCAGUUACUCAACACAUUCUUGAGAAAGUAGAGAGACAUGAACGAAUUGAGCGAGUGAGAAAACUACGAAGAGAAAGAGAACAAAAGGAGAGAGAGCAUGCUACAGAGCAUCCUGAAUUUGAUGAAAAUUAUGAUUUUGAAGUGGAUUCUGAUCCAUUUAUUAUCAGCCCUUUUCGGCCUAUCAAUGUAGUAAUUGCAGAGAAUGAAAAAAGAAAGCAGAGAAUGGCUAGAAAUAUGGACAGCAUUCUUCUGAAUCCUUGCAUAGAAGAGGAGCAGUCUGAGACGCAGAGCCAGACCAGCUGCAUCAGCCAAAAAAGCAGUGAUUGUGCAUUCAUAAACCCUCCUAAGAUGGUGGCAUUAACAAAGCCUGUAGAGAAAGAAACUGACACAGGCCAACAGUUCUCUGAAUGCUAUGACUCAGAUUGCAGUAGAAAGAAAAAAAAAUUGAAGUUCCUAAGAAGUCACCAGAUAGCACCAAUUAAUACAGGAGAUUCUGAUCCACAAAUUGUGACAUCACCCCAGUGUUCUCUAUCUGGUGGCUGGGAAACAACCCCCAGAGUCACUGUACUUCCAAAACUUGAACCUUAUGGUGAAAGACGUCAUAAUGAUCUCUGUGGAAAGCCUCUGCCACCAGUACCUCAGGCACUUAACAGUGAUACUGGCGAUGAUUUUAGUUCAUAAUUAAUUUUCAUGUGGUGUUUUUUGUCAAGACAGACAAGUUACUAAUGAGUAGAUUAACUUAAGGACAAUUUGUUUUUGCAAAUAAGAAAAUAUUCUGAACUUUGGUAACUUGCAGACAUGAUAUCUUUUUGGUUCAUUCAGAUUUUUUCCAGAGAUCUGUUAAGUUCCACAGGACCUAAUUCAUCAAUUUUACUACUUUGCAGUUAAGUUACUAUUUAUACUUGCUCUUCAUUAUUUAAAGAGGCAAAGGGAUAAUAUGAUAGGCUUAAAGCAUUUAGAACCAAAUUAACAUAAAAUGUUGACCUUUCAGUUUAAGUGAACAUCUAUGGCAAUAGACCUGAAGGAAAACACCUUUAGGCAAAAAGCAUUUGGACUUGGGACCCUUUGAUAUUUUGUUUAAUAAUAAACAAUAUUUCUAUAGUUUACAUUUUAAAAAUAUUUUUGUAAGAUACAUAUGCAUGUUGGGGUAAAUCCUGGGAAUUAAAAACUAAAGUUUUAAACUAUAUUUUUCUAUUUUUCUAAAAUUUUCUCUGAGAGUUUGCAUUAAUAUAAUUUAAGUUUUGCUGUUUUCUGUAAAUUGUCAGUAUCCCUAUUUUGUUUUGGUAGAAUAGACUUAGACAAAUACAUCUGUACAAGUAGGAUAUAUUUAUAUGGCUUUAUAAAAAUAGUAAAUUAUUCUUAAAGUAUCCCUCCUUAUUUGCUCUGAUUUUUUUAUAUUAUAUUUCUUUUUUUAUAGCAAACCUAAAAGUUAUUUUACACCAAAUUAUACUAAUUGAAUAUAUUAUCCAGUAAGAAUUUUCAAUUUUUGUUGAACCGUUUUCUUUGGUUUGAAAGAGAUUUGAAAUAUUUUAUUGACCAGUACAUUUUUUGUAAGUAAAAUUAUAUUCUUAUACGAAAAUCCAUUUAAAGAAUUCUUCCCAUAUGUUUGACAUACAAACAGCAAAUUAUUUCAAUGAUCAGGGGUAACAUUUUGACUCAUUUCAAAGCUAUACUAUCUCUUUCAGGUUUCCCUCAUUCUUUUUCAGUACAAUUUUUAAAACUUACAGUACCUUAAUUGCAUCAAAAGUUAAUGCAGCUUCCAAAAACAUGUGUCUUACAGCUAGGAAGUCAGUAGUUAUGACACUGAGAAAAUCUACAGCAAUAAAAACAAAAAAUAUUGGUAGAAUACUAUACUCUUCAAAGGGUAUUUCAUGAAUAGACCACAAAAAUUAUUUAUUUUUCAGAUUAAAAAUUUGCAUAUUGUAUACUUUAAUUUGAAUAUUAUUUUUGAUAUUGUUGUAUGUAUGAUGAUCAUACUUAUGACAUGAUUCAGUUAUGUAUUUUAUUGGCAUAUAUCAAUUCUAUAAUUAAUUAAAUGUGUAGCUAUAGUUACACCUAAAUCACUUUUUUUGGGGAAUAACAAGGGCUCUUGAAUAGUUUCUAUGUGAGGCAGAAACAUACUAUUAUCUGACAUAAAAAUAUUAGUAUUUUUAAAGUAGGAUUAACAUAAGUAAAUUAUGAUAGUAAUUUACUUUUAAUAUUAUAAUUGAUAGCAUUGCAUUUGAACUACGGUUUCAUUUCAUCUCUUGAAUUGUCAUGGAACUCAAGUCCCGACUAUGAAGAACUUGAGGGGGAUGUUUUGUGCUUUUUUUUUUUUAAACAGAUAUCAUGUAUGCCAUAUUAGUAAGGAAAAAGCCUUCUAUUUCAAUACCAUUUGCAUAGCAGGUUAAAUCUGAGAAACAGUCUAAACCUAGUAAGACAUGAUCCAGUCUUGGAUUGAAUUAUAGAGUUUGAAAAUUUUAGUAGCCCAACUUGGUUCAUAUGUAUAUUUAUAAUGUAGAAAAAACACGUUGCUUUUAAAUUGAUUUUACAUUUUACUUUCUUCAUAGGUGGUUUGACAUCAUAUAUGAUUGCUUUUCUCAGCUUUUCCUUCAAUUUUAUUUCAGUUUAAUUUUUUAUAUGCAACUGAGAACCAGUGCUUUAUCUGUUGAGUUCUGGAAAUCCUUUGAAAAUAUAAAGAAAAAAACUGAUUAUAAAAUCAAAUACCACUGGCAAAUACUGAAUUAAUAGGCUUUAACAUUUCUCAUAAUUUGUUCUUCAAACUAACAAGUUAUUUUAAAAGGCAUUUUGUAAAUGUAAAUGAAUUUUAAUUAUGAAUGCUUGAUUGUCUUAUGCUGAAUUUAUACUCCUGAAGAUCAUGAACCAUCAUAUUAACAUACAAUAAAGCUGUAUUUGUCAA